CGCCUGUUUGAUGCCGCCAUCAUGCCUCUCCUCAGUGGAAAGGGCAACAAGUUCAAGGUCGACCCGCCCAAGAUCCGCAUCGAAAAGGUCACCAUAGAGCGUCCCGCGCCUCCGAAGCCCAAGCCCAAGCCUACAGCUCGACCCACGCUCUCGUCGUCUGCGCGAUCAUCGCCCGUCCGCAGACUCUCGCCCAAGGCUCCCUCGGCCUCUGCGGCGUCGUCAGCGUCUUCCAGAGCAAAGAGCAGCUCGCCGUACCCCUCUUCAGCCGACGAGAGGCGCCUCGACCUGCACCGCAAACGCAAGGCCAUCAGCGCGUCACAACGCCGUUCACCUGCCAGCGACCGCAUCGAGUUCGACAAGGACAGCGACGCCGAAGACGAUGGGUGGAUGGACUUGGAUUCGCACAAGCGCCAGCGCAAGGCCACCAGCGAGAGCAAGUCGGUCGAUUCGAAUCGCAAGCUGAAGAGCGCCCGAGCGUUUGAGCGGAAGGAUGAAAGGCUGCAGUUCAUCCAUGCCGUUGACGUUGCCUCUCUCGAGCACAAGUGCGUUCCCAUCAUGGGAGCGUCCAAGGAGGAUGUGGCCAUUGAGCUUCAGUAUCCCACUCUGCAGCGCCGAGAAAAGUUUGAGCUCGUUUGGGGCAAGGACAAGAUCGAUGCCGUGGAAGCGAGUAUACGCAUAGUACGCCUGGUUGCUGAAACCUAUCUCACCGACGUCGAAGCCGAGCCCUUUACCAACCAGACCAACGGAUUUAUUCGACGACUCGAAAAGGCCUCGAAUCGCAAUAUUCAGGAUCUGGCGGGCUUCAAGGCCGCCCUACGCGAGUACAACGAGACGCUCCUCGCCCUUGUUGAGGAUGGCGUCGUUUCCAAGAAUCUCGAAAACCUCCACGACCUGCCCCCGCAUCUCGCAGCCUUUAUCCUCGACCAGAUCUAUGAUCGUACAGUGGCUCCCAAGGUGGAACUUCUUUCAAAGUACGAAAACGGAACAGACUAUGUCUAUGGCGAGCUUCUCCACCCCUUCAUCACCAAGCUCCUCGUCGAGCAGGCCAAGAUGACAUCCGAUCAAGUCUUUGUCGAUUUGGGCUCGGGCGUGGGCAACGUCGUUUUGCAGGCGGCGCUCGAGGUCGGAUGCGAGAGCUGGGGCUGUGAGAUGAUGGAGAAUGCCUGCAACCUCGCAGAGGCUCAAGAGAAAGAGUUUCAUGCACGAUGUCAGCUUUGGGGCCUGCAGCCGGGCGAGGUGCACAUCGAGCGGGGUGACUUCCGCAAGAACACCUCGAUUCACGAUGCCCUGAAGCGGGCCGAUGUUGUGCUCGUCAACAACAAGGCGUUCACUUCGCAGCUCAACGAGGACUUGAUCCGCAUGUUCCUCGAUCUCAAGUCGGGAUGCAAGAUCAUCUCGCUGAAAUCCUUUGUGGCCGACUCCAAGAGCAGCCACAACAUCAACGACGUGGGAAGCACCAUCCUUGAGGUCGAGGAGUGCACGUAUCCCGAAGGCUACGUCAGCUGGACCAAUGCCGGCGGGCAGUACUAUAUCUCCACGCGGAAAUAGACUAAUUAGAGCUUCAUCAGCACUGCAUAAAGAUGUUAUGUUGAGUAUUGUAGAAUAUAAACCAUCAAGUACAAAUCGGGAAUAUGGGUAUUUGUUUUCUCUCUCUUCUUUGGACUGAGAGCGUUUGGGUUAACGGCUUUGGAGGAUAAUCUUUUGUUUGAACGAAUUGUAGUCAUCGGCAGCGAGACAAACGCGCUGGUAGAUGAUGGGAUGAAAACAGACUUAACAGUACAAAUGAAUAUGAAAGAGACCAUCCUU